CAGGGGCUGCUUCGUCUCGCCUCUGAGAACAAGUCCCUAAGUUGGAGUGGGGGGCUUCUCUGCCUUCCUCCUUCUCUUCCUCGGAGGCAACAGCAGCAGAAACACGCGCGCGAACCCGGCUUUGCCUGUGCCUGCGAACCCGGGUGGCCAGGCGCUCUUCGGAUUCCCAGUGGGAAGUGGGGAACCGAACGCCCGGAGCGGAGCCGGACCCCGCAACGAAGGGCCGGGAGGGAGCUGCCUUCUCCAGCCCGCGCCUCUCUCGGCCGGGGACCGCGGGGAUCCCCGGCCACACGCGCGCGCGCGCUCCCACCUUCACUCUCUCACACACUCGCCCUCGCACACAUCAGCCCGGCGCUGGGCUGCGGAGAGGGUGCUCUGGCGCGCUCAGAGGACUGGGCAGCUGCCGUCCGGAGCGGGGCAGGAAGCCGAGCUAGGGCUCCUGGAGGGAGGCUCCCAGGGCUUAGCCGGAUCAUGGGGCCGGGUGAGCACUGAGAGUCGCGGCCGCAGCCAUCAGCCCUGGAGAUGACCAGGAGCGGCCACUGCUGAGAACUAUGUGGAGAGAGGCUGCGAGCCCUGCUGCAGAGCCUCCGGCUGGGAUAGCCGCCCCCUGUGGGGGCGAUGCGGACAGCGCGGGACAGCCAGGGGAGCGCGCGGGGGCCGCAGCAUGCGGGAACCCGCUAAACCCGGUGGCUGCUGAGGCGGCCGAGAUGUUCGUGCGCGCAGCGCGCCCCACUGCAUCCUCGACCUUCUCGGGCUACAGGGACUGUAAGUGGCGACUAUGGGCAGAUCAGGCUACUGGACACUGCUGGUGCUGCAGACCCUUUUGGUCUGGCGCGGUCCGGCGCAGGGCGCGGCGGCGGAGAAGGGUCUCCCCGCGCUGAACAUUGCGGUGCUGCUGGGUCACAGCCACGACGUGACCGAGCGCGAACUUCGAAAUCUGUGGGGCCCGGAGCAGGCUGCGGAGCUGCCCCUGGACGUGAACGUGGUAGCGCUGCUGAUGAACCGCACCGACCCUAAGAGUCUCAUCACGCACGUGUGCGACCUCAUGUCUGGGGCGCGCAUCCACGGCCUUGUGUUUGGGGACGACACAGACCAGGAGGCUGUGGCUCAGAUGCUGGAUUUUAUCUCCUCACAGACUUUCGUCCCUAUCUUGGGCAUCCACGGGGGCGCAUCUAUGAUCAUGGCUGACAAGGAUCCGACGUCUACCUUCUUCCAGUUUGGUGCGUCCAUCCAGCAACAAGCCACGGUCAUGCUGAAGAUCAUGCAGGAUUACGACUGGCAUGUCUUCUCCCUGGUGACCACCAUCUUCCCCGGCUACAGGGAGUUCAUCAGCUUCGUCAAGACCACCGUGGACAACAGCUUCGUGGGCUGGGACAUGCAGAACGUGAUCACCCUGGACACCUCAUUUGAGGAUGCAAAGACGCAAGUUCAGCUAAAGAAAAUCCACUCUUCUGUCAUCUUGCUCUACUGCUCCAAAGAUGAGGCUGUCCUCAUCCUGAGUGAGGCUCGCUCCCUUGGCCUCACCGGGUAUGAUUUCUUCUGGAUCAUCCCCAGCUUGGUCUCUGGGAACACAGAGCUCAUCCCCAAAGAGUUUCCAUCAGGACUCAUUUCAGUCUCCUACGAUGACUGGGACUACACCCUGGAGGCCAGAGUGAGGGACGGAAUCGGCAUCCUAACGACUGCUGCGUCUUCCAUGUUGGAGAAGUUCUCCUACAUCCCUGAGACCAAGGUCACCUGCUACGGGCAGGUGGAGAAGCCAGAGACCCCGAUGCACACUUUGCACCAAUUUAUGGUCAAUGUGACGUGGAAUGGCAAAGACUUAUCCUUCACUGAAGAAGGGUAUCAGGUGCACCCCAGGCUGGUAGUGAUUGUACUGAACAAGGACCGAGAAUGGGAAAAGGUGGGUAAGUGGGAGAACCAGACCCUCAGCCUGAGGCACGCCGUGUGGCCCAGAUACAAGUCUUUUUCUGACUGUGAGCCAGACGACAACCAUCUGAGCAUUGUCACCCUGGAAGAGGCCCCGUUUGUCAUCGUGGAAGACAUAGACCCGCUGACCGAGACCUGUGUGCGGAACACGGUGCCAUGUCGGAAGUUCGUCAAAAUCAACAAUUCAACCAAUGAGGGGAUGAAUGUUAAAAAAUGCUGCAAGGGGUUCUGCAUUGAUAUUCUAAAGAAGCUUUCCAGGACUGUGAAGUUUACUUACGACCUCUACUUGGUGACUAAUGGGAAGCAUGGCAAAAAAGUUAACAAUGUGUGGAAUGGAAUGAUUGGUGAAGUGGUCUACCAACGGGCCGUGAUGGCGGUCGGCUCUCUCACCAUCAACGAGGAACGUUCUGAAGUGGUGGACUUCUCUGUACCCUUCGUGGAAACAGGAAUCAGUGUCAUGGUUUCGAGGAGCAAUGGCACUGUCUCACCUUCUGCUUUCCUAGAGCCCUUCAGCGCCUCCGUCUGGGUGAUGAUGUUUGUGAUGCUGCUCAUCGUUUCUGCCAUAGCUGUUUUUGUCUUUGAAUACUUCAGUCCUGUUGGGUACAACAGAAAUUUAGCCAAAGGGAAAGCACCCCACGGGCCUUCUUUUACAAUCGGAAAAGCUAUAUGGCUCCUUUGGGGCUUGGUGUUCAACAACUCCGUGCCCGUCCAGAAUCCUAAAGGGACCACCAGCAAGAUUAUGGUGUCCGUGUGGGCUUUCUUUGCCGUCAUAUUCCUGGCCAGUUACACGGCCAAUCUAGCUGCUUUCAUGAUCCAAGAAGAAUUUGUGGACCAGGUGACUGGCCUCAGUGACAAAAAGUUUCAGAAACCUCAUGACCAUUCCCCACCUUUUCGAUUUGGGACGGUGCCUAACGGAAGCACAGAGAGAAACAUUCGGAAUAACUACCCCUACAUGCAUCAGUACAUGACCAAAUUUAAUCAGAAGGGAGUGGAGGACGCCUUGGUCAGCUUGAAAACAGGGAAGCUGGAUGCUUUCAUCUAUGAUGCUGCAGUCCUGAAUUACAAGGCCGGGAGGGAUGAAGGCUGUAAGCUGGUGACCAUCGGGAGUGGGUACAUCUUCGCCACCACUGGUUAUGGAAUUGCCCUCCAGAAGGGCUCUCCUUGGAAGAGGCAGAUUGACCUGGCCCUGCUUCAGUUUGUGGGUGAUGGUGAGAUGGAGGAGCUGGAGACUCUGUGGCUCACGGGGAUCUGUCACAACGAGAAGAAUGAGGUGAUGAGCAGCCAGCUGGACAUCGACAACAUGGCGGGCGUGUUCUACAUGCUGGCCGCUGCCAUGGCGCUCAGCCUCAUCACCUUCAUCUGGGAGCACCUCUUCUACUGGAAGCUGCGCUUCUGUUUCACGGGCGUGUGCUCUGACCGGCCAGGGUUGCUCUUCUCCAUCAGCAGGGGUAUCUACAGCUGCAUUCAUGGGGUACAUAUUGAAGAAAAGAAGUCUCCAGACUUCAAUCUGACGGGAUCCCAGAGCAACAUGCUAAAACUCCUUCGAUCGGCCAAAAACACUUCCAAUGUGUCCAACAUGAACUCCUCAAGAAUUGAUUCACCCAAGAGAUCUGCAGACUUCAUCCAAAGAGGUUCCCUCAUCAUGGACAUGGUUUCGGAUAAGGGGAAUUUGAUAUACUCAGAUAACAGGUCCUUUCAGGGGAAGGACAGCAGUAUUUUUGGGGACAACAUGAAUGAACUCCAAACAUUUGUGGCCAACAGGCAUAAGGAUAACCUCAAUAACUAUGUGUUCCAGGGACAACAUCCUCUCACUCUCAACGAGUCCAACCCUAACACGGUGGAGGUGGCUGUGAGCACAGAGUCCAAAGGAAGCUCCAGAUCCCGGCAGCUUUGGAAGAAAUCCAUGGAUUCUCUGCGGCAGGAUUCACUGGCCCAGAAUCCAGCACCCCCGCGGGAUGAAGGGACAAUGGAAAAUAGGACCCACUCCCUGAAGAGCCCCAGGUAUCUUCCAGAAGAGGUGGCUCACUCUGACAUUUCAGAAACUUCAAAUCGGGCCCCGGGCCACAGGGAACCUGACAACAACAAGAACCACAAAACCAAGGACAAUUUCAAAAGGUCAGUGGCCUCCAAAUACCCCAAGGACUGUAGCGAGGUCGAACGCACCUACCUGAAAACCAAAGCGAGCUCCCCCAGAGACAAGAUCUACACCAUUGAUGGACAGAAGGAGCCCAGUUUCCACCUGGAUCCUCCCCAGUUUGUGGAAAACGUGUCCCUGCCUGAGAAUGUGGACUUCCCAGACCCCUACCAGGAUCACAGCGAAAACUUUCACAAGGGGGACUCCACACUGCCGAUGAACAGGAACCCCCUGCAUAAUGGAGACGGGCUUCCCAACAACGACCAGUAUAAACUCUACUCCAAGCACUUCACCUUGAAAGACAAGGGUUCCCCUCUCAGUGAGGGCAGCGACCGAUACCGGCAGAACUCCACGCACUGCAGAAGCUGCCUUUCCAACCUGCCCACCUAUUCGGGCCAUUUCACCAUGAGGUCCCCCUUCAAGUGUGACGCCUGUCUGCGCAUGGGGAACCUCUAUGACAUCGACGAAGACCAGAUGCUUCAGGAGACAGGUAACCCAGCCACCCGGGAGCAAGUCUACCAGCAGGACUGGGCGCAGAACAACACCCUCCAAUUCCAAAAGAACAAGCUGAGGAUUAGCCGGCAGCAUUCCUACGAUAACAUUGUCGACAAACCUAGGGAGACAGACCUCAGCAGGCCUUCCCGGAGCAUAAGCCUCAAGGAAAGGGAACGGCUUCUGGAGGGAAACACCUACGGGAGCUUGUUUAGCGUCCCCGCAAGCAAACUCUUGGGGAACAAAAGCUCCAUUUUCCCCCAAGGCCUGGAGGACAGCAAGAGGAGCAAGUCCCUCUUGCCAGAACACACUUCCAACAACCCUUUCCUCCACGCCCACAGGGAUGACCAGCGCUUAGUUAUUGGGAGAUGCCCCUCGGACCCUUACAAACACUCGCUGCCGUCCCAGGCAGUGAACGACAGCUAUCUUCGAUCGUCCUUGAGGUCAACGGCAUCGUACUGUUCCAGGGACAGUCGGGGCCACAGUGAUGUGUACAUGUCUGAGCAUGUUAUGCCUUAUGCUGCAAAUAAGAAUAAUAUGUACUCUACCCCUAGGGUCUUAAAUUCCUGCAGCAAUAGACGUGUGUACAAGAAAAUGCCUAGUAUCGAAUCUGAUGUUUAGAAUCUUCCAUUCACGUUUUAUCUUUAGGGACACAUACAUAACAGCCAACCUUCUGGAGGGUAAAUGUUGGAUAUCCAAUAGUACCCUGCUAAGAGGAUUUAGGGAGGUAGUUUCUUUUUUGUUGUUGUUGACUCUUUUGCACAUGGCUCCAUGCCAUAACCUUCCACUCAAGGAAUCUUGUGAGGUGUGUGCUGAGCAUGGCAGAUACCAGACAGGAGAGUUCUUAACCAAAAAUAAGUAAAUCAUAAAUAAAUACGUAAGGGCAGUCUCCGGGCCACGCCUAUGAGGCAUGCUGGCAAUAAGGAUGCAUUGGAUGCCGAUGGUGACGUUAUGAUUUUCUAUAUUCCAAAUUUCAUUAUGAUCAGUCCACCAUGUGAUUUCCUCAUCAGAAAUGCCUAACGGUUUCCCUAAUUCAGAAUAAGCAAUAUGGUAUGCAUGUAAAUCUGACACAGACAAAAUAAAGCAGUUAAGAUUGCAUUUGCACCGUAGCGAGAUUGACACGUACAAGAGAUCGGGAAGUUUGGCUUGUCACAGUCCCAGCUUUAUUGUUAUGCCUUCCAUCACAGCCCCGGCCCCACCCCAAGAACUCCAGGCUCCCCCAGAGAAAAGCCAAUCGAUGUGUUCGUGGUAACUAUGCUACUUUCAUUAUAGUCCAUUUCCAAGAUGCAUUUGGAGUAAAAAGCCGGAGGGGCGCUCAGGUGGAGAGCUACAAGAAUCUUUUUGGAUGUUGAUUUCUGUGUUUCUCUCACCCUCGGCUUCGAUGGCCUUGUUCAGAGCUGCAUAAGCUAACACAUUUAUGUCUUCGACAUCUAAGUGUGGAUCUUCUGUCUAUGACACAGUGGCCACUGUGGUUUAUCCCGAGGACUCCUAUGUACGUAAGUUUGCAUUUUCCCCCUUCUGGUGAUGACUCAGGGUUGUAUAGUAUCUGUUACCCCUUCCCUCCCAGAGUAACCACAACUCGUUGAGUUCCUGAACACCCGUGGUGGUGUCUAACUAACUGUGUGUCUCUCUUCCCAGAGUUGUUAAUGUGGUGGCAUGCACCAACAACCAUAUGGGGACUGUGAUCUGUAUGAAGUACAAUGCCAUCUGUCUGCCGAAGGCUAGCGUGGUUUUAGUUUUAUCCACCUAACAUGAAAUUCCAUUGGACACUCAUUUCCACCCUAAAUUUCUCAAACCAAAAGUCUUCAAAACGUGAGAUACUCAUGCAUCCACAGAGUAUCCUCCGACCCUUGGAUAAACUUUAGUGAAAUGAGUGAUUUCUCUCUUCUGAAAUAUUAUCUCUAUCGGAGGCAAACAACUUCACCCACACCAACAGAAAUAUGUGAAAAAUUUCUCGAAGCAUUUGUCAUUUCCGAGUCACCUGCAUCAUUUCAUUCUUACUCUACUCAAACCUAUGUCUGAAUAGAUAUGCUAUACAAUAACAUUCAUUUUUUCAAAAAGGUGGAGACAGAGAAGGGACUAUUUAUGCAUGGGGAGCUUCUUAGCACAGUGCCUGCCACACAGAAAAAGUACCCUCAAAAGGGUGGUUGUUGUGUGAUGACACUUUAUCAGCUUGGUAUUUUCAAGUUUAAAAAUUGAAUAUCCUAAAACCCACAAAUAACAUUAAUACACGUUUUAUUUUCUUCUACUCCAUUAAUUAGUAUGUUUUAUGUGCUUUAAUAUUCUUGACAUAUUUGGGGUAACACCCCGUCAGCAGUACAUUUGGGGACGUGCUGAAGAAGCCCCCAGAUAAUACAGAUCAGCCUUGUCCAUCUCCUGGUUUCCUCCUGUGUUCUGCUUUGGUCCUUGGAGAAGGGGACAAUGCAUGUUCUGCUUUGUGGGUAGCAUUUUUCUGCAAGUGGAAAGGUGCCAGAGGUGAUUCUCUUGGACUCUCACAUGCAAUGGCUUCAUCUUUGGGAAAAAUGCACCCAACCCCCAAUAUUCCUAUAAUGAUGAAAAGUACUUGCAACAAAUUUCAGGCUCAGUAGUAGAAAGGUAGGGGGAGGCUUCCUUACCUUUAUCUUUGAAAGGCAAAAAGAGGCCAACUAGGUGCUGGCGACAAAUAUACUGGAAAAUUACAUUUUAUUUCUUGGAUACCAUACCUACCUUUGCUUCCCUGAGACCCAGCAAUGGAGAAGCCUGGAUUUCAGGACCCAGAAUGUUCACCCCAAUUUCUGAUCGUAAGUUUAUGUCUUUAUUUUAGAGGUGGGGUCUCACUGCAUUGCCCAGGCAGGUCUCAAGCUGCUGGAAUCAAGUGAUCCUCCUGUCUUGGCCUUCCAAACUGUUACAUUUAAGUUCAAGGGUCUGUCCAAUCUUUUAGCACUUCCUGCUUUUGCUUUCUCCUUGUGUUCCAGACUUUCUUUCCCCUGCUUUUUCUCACAAGUCUGCCAUGUCUUAACAUGAAAUGAAUUAAAAAGUCUCCUUAGAAUACAGGGCAGUGAUAGGUCAUCAAUCCAAAAAGGCUUUCUGCCUCCCUCUGGUGUCCCCCCAACCCAGAGGGCUGCCAAGGGCCACAGAGACCUCCAGGGAGAGUGGGGUUACUCCUGGAUUGGCCUCAUAGGUGGAAAAUCAUUCUGAUAAUAUUAGUCUUAUUUCUGCUACUAACCCCAUACGUCUCUGGAUAAAAAUGUGGCUUUUAGAAGAAUCAACAGUAAUGUUGUAUACCUCCUUUAAUGUCCAAAGUGUUUUUAAAAAUAAAUAAUCACUAUGGUGCUAUGUUAUUAAUGCAUGCCUUUUGUUCACCAAUUCCCUGACUCUUAAAUGUGAUAACUCCAAGGAAAAAAGGAAAAAAGAAAAAGAAUCAACCACUAAUCAGAUGGUCGAUUUCCAAGUGAGAGAGAAUGAUGUAGCCCUGUCCAAACAUAAUCCAAGUCAGUUCAGUUCUUUGGACAAGAGAAUAUCAAGAAUGUGACAUCCAAAGGUAAAUGGCACCUAUGGUAUGGGAUGUGACAAGAAUUAAAUAGGAAGCCCUGAGCUACAAAUCAUUGUAGAAGAUUCUUGUGACAUAUUCCAGCUCUGAGAUCUUAGAUGCAUUGAUGUCAAAGAGCCAGAAUCUCGGAACCCAAAGGCCUGUAUUCCACCCGCACUUAGGUCAGAGCUAGAAUCCAAAAAAAGAUUUAAUUAACUCUAAAUGAUUUUCCCCCACUUCCGAAGGACUCAGCUGGUCCUCAGAUAGGUGCACUUGUGUACAGAAGGUCAGGUUUCUAUCCAUACAUAAUAGCAUGCACAUGCAACCAGUUUAUUUGCAUUUUUUAUUAAGUCAUAACUGUGUACAUUAGUGCAUUUAUGGGGUACAAUGUACUAAUUUUAUAUACAAUUUGGAAUGCUUACAUCAAACUGGCUAAUAUAGCCUUCAUCUCAUUAAAUUAUGUGUUGUGUUAAGACGUUUAUACUCUACUCUUGAUAGAUUUGACAUGUACCCUUGCAUUAUGCACAAUAGGUGAGGUCCCACCAAUUACCCUCCCUCUGCCGGCCUCCUCCCUUCCCUCCCUUCCCUCUCUUUCCCCUCUUUCAAUCUGGGCUAUAGUUGUGUUUUAUCAUUUGUAUGAAAGUGUGAGUGAUUAUAUAUUGGUUUCAUAAUGGUACUGAGUACCUUGGAUACUUUUUCAUCCACUCUUGAGAUACUUUACUAAGAAGAAUAUGUUCCAGCUCCAUCCAUGUAAACAUGAAAGAGGUAAAGUCUCCAUCUUUUUUAAGGCUGCAUAAUAUUCCAUGGUGUACAUGUACCACAAUUUGUUAAUUCAUUCAUGGGUCAAUGGACACUUGGGCUGCUUCCAUGCAACCAGUUUAAAAUAGCCCAUGUGAGUCUUCUAGGGCACAACUCUACUCUGAGAAACCUUCGUGUUUCCAGAGAAGAGUUUUCAUAUUCCUUACACUUUGAGGUUCUGGGGCCACUUUUGGUUUCAGUCUACGAGCAAGCACGUCCCUAAUGGGUCUGUCUUUCCACCAGUGAGAGGGGUGGCGUCCUACUUCUACCACUCAUUCCUGUUCUGCCCUCUGCAAAGCUCUCUGCAUGAUUUCAGCCAGCAUCAUGACCGGGUAGCUCCUGGAUUAUGCCUGGUUUUCUCUUCCCUGUGUCAUAGUGUGUCUGAGAAGUCUUAGUACUUAGUUUUUCUGAUGAAAACAUUAAAAUUCACCCAUUGCAGCAAAAUUCAUCAAAUCAUUUCACACUUACUUUCUGUGGGAAAAAAAAGGCAAGAAAAUCACACCUUGUUUACAAAUGAAAUAGUUUCACUUAAAUGGGACUCCAGCCAAGGCGGUUAAUUAGUCCAAAGAUCCGUGGCUGUCGUGUAGUCAUACAUUGUUUAUUCUGUUUGAUAUGUCUGCCACUGACGUGUAUUUAAUAUUCUGCAUCCUUCUCAGGAAAUGACAAAUGCCCUGAAUUCUUUGCAAAUAGUACUGCUAAUGAAAAAGAAAAAAAAAAAUGUUGGUGUUAAUUAAAUGGUGAUUAAAAAUUUAUCUCCUUUAAACCUAAAAAGUGCAGCUUUAAUAAUCAGUUGUCAUAUAAAUAAAUACCUUGUACGGAAAUCCCUUGUGGUCUCAGACCUAAAUAAAUACUAAUUUGAGAAACCUAAGUAUCUUUCAGAGAAGCCGAAUAUAUUCUUUAACAUUAUGCACAUUCCUGUACUGUUUUUUUUUUUUUUUGUACAUAGCUGUUGUGCACGAAUCCUUGAAAAGAGGACACACGUUGUUUCUGAAGUGGAGCCUGUUUGUGUUAACCAUGGCUGUUGUAGACACAGUUGGACCUCAAGGAAAACAAAAAUUUGAGUAGGUGGAAGCUAAAUGCAUUGGUUGAUGUUCAAUGCGAGUUGAGAGUUCUAUGUAAAGGUGGUUUUCCUUCUAAAAGUAAUGUUUAUUUUCACUUGAGACAAAAUUAGGCCUUUCUACACAUCCCCUCUGCUUUGGGUAAACAGGGUUGAAAUUAACCUGGUGGUCUGUACUUGAAAAAGUUCUCCCAAUAUGCAGUUACCCUUUUCCAUUCGUUCCUAUACGUCAUGCUGUGCUCACAUCUAAUUGUAUCAGAUGGGGUCAGCUUGCACUUGGUGAAGAUCAGAGAUGAUCAAUUGCACUUAUCCUGUGAAUACAAAGGCUCAUGUACACAUGUAUAUACUAUACAUGCUUGAUUUCUACAACUCACAUGUUAAGUGUAUUAUCCAAAUAAAAUUGUACAUAUUGUAAAGUUUAUGUUACAGAUUAAAUAGUGAUGAUAGCAUUGUCACAUGGAAAAACCCAUUCUGGUUAUUUUGAUGGGGGGAUAUUUCCAUAGACAGGGCGCUAUAUUUUUUUAAUCUCAGUUCUAGGGAGGAUGGUAGAGUUCAAGUGGGAUUUGGGUGUUGGUGUUCUUGGCUUCUUCUUUUAAUGAAAAGAAAAUCUGGGGUGUGUAGAGAGGUGUGGACUACAUUCUGCUCACAUUUGCUUCUGAAGACAGUGCUAACAUGGACUUGUGUGUGAUUUCUGUUACCCACCAAGGGGCACAGAUUUCCCUUUAAAUUUUAAAAAAUAUUUUAUUCUCUCCCCCAACCUGUGUCCAGAAGUACUCUUGGUAUAGUACGAACUACAGACACCUUCUCAGAAGGGUCUUUGAAGAACUGAAUUUGUAAAACUACACCAAUAUUUAGGGGAAGGGGAAAGAAAUUUUAAAAACUGAAGUUUACAAAAGGGCAGUGAUCCAUAUGGGACCAUCCAGUUACAGAGUCUGUGAUCUGGGAUUAGAGUCCAGGACGUCACGUUCACUUUCUGGCUUGGUUCCUGGUACCAGACUGACCUGUUUCUAGGUGUCUCUCAAGGGGGCUCUUCUGAGCAUCUCUGGGAUUGGAGCCAGACAGUCCCAUAGAAGUGACUUGGCUCCCUUUUGCCUCUUGUCCUAGACGGAUCUAAGCCUCUUUGAGUUUGAUUUUCCUUUAAGCUCCUUCACAGUCCCUGUCUCAAAAUCCUAGGGAAAAGCAAACUUUUUUCAGGGACCUUUUCCUUGGGAAGAAUCAACAAGGAAUAUAGUUUAAAAAUUCAAACUGAAGAUGAAGGCUGGCAGUGACCAUCAAAAUAACAGUUCUAUUUUCCAUGCAUUGAGGAUGUACCACGCACAUUGAUUGGCUAAUGGGACUUGACUUGGUCUCUGCUCCCUUUUGAAGGCCACGUUGGGAUGGAGGGAAUACAAAAGGAAUAGAAUGUAUAGGCUCUUCCCAUAUAGUCUUAUGGUUUAGAAAUUCAGUUUUCUAAUACAAAAGAGAACCAAGGAGCCAUGAAACGCACACCGAGAGUAAAUAGCAAAAAAUUAGAAAUGAUAAAGUUGUUGCCAGGGGGAAAAAUCCAAUUCUAUGAUCAACUUAAAAAAAAAAAAAAAAGCCAUUCCCUAGACCUUUAAGUAACUUUGGAGAAUAUAGUUGGUAUUCCUGGAAAUGCACUUGAUUUAUUUUAAUCUAAGAAGGUGCCUAGGAAACCCAGGAGCAGCUAAAAAGGUGAACAAACUCACCCUUCUAUACUUUUGCACAGGCAGGCUUGGGUCUGGCUGCAACCAGUUCUCCAACCCUUGCCAAAUCAAGCCUCGUCCCAGACCCGCUCUAUGGUAUAUGCUUCAAGGAAAUGUUGAAAAAAAUUCCCCAAAGGAUUAGAAAAUAGACCAUGAUGUAAAAAGACAAAGCAUUUCCCGAAAGCUUCUUUUGCCUGCUAUUGUUUUUGGUUUUUGAAGAGCACUUUUGAUAGUCCAGGGUACGAAUGUAUCAGGGAAGGGUGUAGGGAGAAUUCUUUGUCAAGUCCCAAGUGCCUACUGUUGUGGCUGACAAAAAGAGGAAGCAUCAGGUUCCCUAGAGAGAAAAUGGGGCAAAGAGAUAACAAAAGGAAUUAUAGGAAUAUUUCAGGAAGGAUGAUCGGGUGGAGAGGGAGCUUCUUUUACUCUUUCCAUCCCAUUCUGUGCAUUACUGGAAUGUUAGAUUCUUUGCUUAUCCUAAGUACUUGCCAUGAGUUAGCACCUGAACUUGGAAAUAAUCAAAAUAUAUCUGAAUUAAGUAUAGACUAUAUUCUAGGAAUACCCUGGAAUUCCUCAAAAUUGCCCCCAUUUUAUAGGUAAGGAAACCAAGGUCAGGUUUUUCUCAGCCUCAUCAGCAACAAGAAUUAAGCUAGUAAAUCCCUAAUGUUAGACAUAUUCUUGAAGUGCCUGAUCCUCUCUGGGGAGGUCAGAAUAAUAGUCCAAAAGAGAGAGAGGGAGAGAUGCUAUUUUGAGGUUCUCAGGCUUACUCUUGAGUGUCAGCCUCUGUGAUGAGGAAGUUUGGCAGUGCCCUACCCCUCAUUGUCUGGAGUGGGUAUCGUCUGGGGAAUUCCAGAAUUCCUGGAGCCCUCCCCUCUGUUCACAGUCCCUCUGAGACGUAGACAGGACGGUUUAUGUCUCUCCUCCACAAGCUUGCACUCAGCAUUUAUUUUUUUGAUUCCUGGGGAGUUAUUGUCUCUACUUAGCAUGUGUCUAAUCUUAAAUAUCCCUUUCCUAAUCUCUCAUCUUUUUAUCGGUCAAUAUCAGGGCUUUUUCCAAGUAUGCCCUCACACACGUGUGGGCGCGCACACACAGACUUUGGCCUGUGUCCUCCAUUAAAGCUCUACUCAACAUCAUGACCCAUUUUCAAAGAGGUAGUGUGAUUUGCAAGUUAACUGUUCUUCCUAUUUCAUCUAUAUAUUUGAUUAUCUUUACCAGGCAGACAGGGAAUAGGAAAUAGAGUUUCUGCAUAAAGGAUCGAGAGCUUCAGUCAUCAGAAUGGCCUAGGGCCAGCUGUUAAAGUGUUCUCCUUGUCACUUUCCUUCUUGGUCUGUACUAUUUUUUAUUUUUUCUAAAUUGCCUUAGAGAUGCUCUCCUGCUCACUAGCAUCAGGAUAACUGUUGAACCAAUGAAUGCUUGUUCUGUCUUAUUAAAGACUUUUGAGCGGGAAUAUUUCUAUCACGCUUUGUCUAGGAGCCCAGAGGGGCAUUGUGUUCAAUGUGCGUGUGCUCCUGAGCAAGCACAGGCCUUUUGUACAUCCUCCUUCCCCACGUUCCCAGUCACACUUCUUCCCUGGCAUUUGUAUUUCCUGUGAGGUGGGGUGUAUUCGGCCCAUUUUACAGAUGAGAAAACCGAACUAGCAUUUGAAGGAAUGUUUUUCUGGGAAGCUCCCUGAAUUUAUCCUUCUAAAAAGUCCUUAACCUAAUGUGAGCACCCUUGUCCCUGAGAAUAAUUCUUUAUCUGUUUUCAUCUUUUAAGCUGGUAGGAAACAAAAAAAAAAUCUUUUAAAACAGAAAGGGUAUUUUUAUUUACUAGAUUUACUAGCUAUUUUGAGAUCCUGUUAUUGGGUCUAUAAGUCCAUGGCAGCGUUCUCCCAGGGAUGUUGAGCUAUGCAGAAAUGAAGCGCUCCAAAGAACAAUUUGGCCAAAAGUUGUUUCUACCCCAGGGCCUUAUUUCAAAGCUCACAACUCUUCAAGGAACCAGAACCAAAUCAUUUAAAAUGAAGCCAUUUCUCAGAUUAAGUUCCUCAAAGAAGGUGUCAUCAGUUCUACAGAAACAAGUAAGACAAAAAAUGAGAUUAUCAUUCAUAAUUCCCACUUAGGUGUUACUUCCAUGAAACAGUAAGUUUGCAGGGUUUUGGUUUUUGUUUUGUUUUUUUGGCAAUUUUAGAAUAUUCCCCAUUAGUGAUAGCCCUGGGUCAUAACCUUUCCUGUUAAUUCUCUUUCACGCCUUUGGGACGGAUUUAAGAUGAACCUUCAAAAGGAUAUUAACAUAACACGAUACCACAGCUGCCUUUUUAAAUUAAUAAAGUUAAUUGUUCUCUUGCAAACAUAAAUUUGUCUUUGGCAUUUUAAAUGCUUCUCAUUGAUCUGACAGUUUGCUGUUUUAAGAUUUCAAAGGGCUCAAAUCAAAGACUAUUGAUAAUUGAGCAAAUAGUGAAGGUCCAGAAAUAUAAAAACACUGUUGGUUUUUCUAUGAAAAACAAUCAUAGCCUUUUGAAUUCAAUUGUAGUUUUUACAUUAGCCUUUUAAGACUUAUUGAAUUAUUUCCAUUCUCAGUCAAGCUAAUUCAAGUGAAUGAACAGUAUUGACUUUUUAAACUAUUUUUUUUAUCUUAAGUUUAUUAUGUUUGUAUGCACAGCUCUGGGGGCAUAAUCACUAUAGAAAUGUUGCAUUGUAGAAAUAAAAGAUUCAGACCUGUAUGGGUGGUGGGGGAGGGGUGGAAGAUUCAGUUUAUCUUCUUAGAAAAUUCUGAUGGAUUUGGAAAGAUGAACAUGACAUUUUUAACAUUCGUCUUCCCCAAAUUUUUCACUGGGAAAGGAUGCUAAUUGCUUAUUUGUUUUUCAAAUAAGAUAUAAGGUCAAGAAUAACAUUUUCAUAGAAAAUGUAGCAAACUGCUUUAUAUAAGUAAUUACAUAGCUGGCUGUGGUUCCGUUGCCUUCCAAGCCUUAGGCUCCCUAAAGAUUUCUUUACCAGUUGUUUUUAACUACGAAUCUUAAUCUUGUUCAUUCCCCUGCCAAAGCAAAUUUAAAAGUGUAUACUUGACAAAUUAAUUGGUAGCAUUGACUAUAGUUUAUAUCACACCAGAAUGUUUGUGUAUAUGAGUUUACAUAUAGUAUAUAUAUUUCAACCUGAAUAUUCAGAAAGAAUUAGGUGAGUUAACUGAGUGCCUGAAUAAAAAGUAGAUCAUAAAAAUCAUAAAUAAUGGCCUUCUCGGACAUAAAAAGAGGGUAAAGUACUCACUUUUCACUCAUGUUAUAAGCCUUCCUGCAUAAUAUACAAGCUGGUCAUUCAUUGCCCUGGCUGCAAAAGAGUUCUCAAACUGAGCACUUUGCAAGGUUGAUGUAUGAGUCCGUUUUUAACCAAUAUGGCUGGGAUUGAAGUCCAUAUUCAGAGGGUUUCUGUUCACAGCUACAUUCAAACACUAUCCAAACCCCUCAUCAGAACUGGCUUGAUCUCUUCUAUGGUGGAGCCUGAAGCAAGUUGUGUGCACUAUGCUAUGGUCUUCAUUUGGGAAUUGAUGUUCACUUACCAAUCACAGCAGUUUAUACCUGUCAUGUUUUAAUCCACUGCAUGAGGAAGUGCUAAUAACUGUAUUAAAUAUUUCCAAGCAUAGCUACAAAACUACACGUUUGCUUAACACCUUUCUAUGAUAGAGGAAGUAUAUACUAUGGGUGUCUUCUUGUAGUACGUCUUUUAAUUUUGUUCAAUGUGUUAUCAACUGUUUUAAGGAAUGGGGUUUGAAAUGUGUGUGCAAACUGAUAUGUACAUAACUCCUGAGGCAACACAAGUGCCCAGUCAUAUGGUGUAAAAAUGUAAAUACAGGAAAAUUUCAUUUUUCUAAUAAAGAUAAUUUCUGCCAAUUGAUACGAAAAUGA